AUGGCCGAUCAAAACUCCGGCGAGAAGCCGACCGAGAAGACGGUGGAGAAGCUGGCCGUGAAGACGAUGGAGAAGCCUGAGGGAGUUAAUAGAUACGCUCUUCAGUGUGCUAUUGUCGCCUCCAUCGUCUCCAUCAUCUUUGGUUACGAUACUGGAGUUAUGAGUGGAGCAAUGGUGUUCAUCGAAGAAGAUCUCAAGACAAACGAUGUUCAAAUCGAAGUACUCACCGGAAUUCUCAACCUUUGUGCCCUCGUCGGAUCGUUGCUCGCCGGAAGAACAUCGGACAUAAUCGGACGGCGUUACACAAUCGUCUUGGCCUCAAUACUAUUCAUGUUGGGGUCAAUACUGAUGGGUUGGGGACCAAGUUACCCUGUUCUCCUCACUGGUAGAUGCACAGCCGGACUCGGAGUCGGUUUUGCUCUAAUGGUUGCUCCGGUUUACUCAGCCGAGAUCGCAACCGCUUCACAUAGAGGACUCUUAGCUUCUCUUCCUCAUCUUUGUAUCAGUAUUGGAAUCUUAAUCGGUUACCUAGUAAAUUACUUCUUCGCCAAGUUACCUAUGCAUAUCGGUUGGAGGCUGAUGCUCGGUAUCGCCGCGGUUCCGUCGCUGGUGCUAGCGUUCGGGAUCUUGAAAAUGCCGGAGUCUCCACGGUGGCUGAUUCUACAAGGACGUCUAGGAGAAGGCAAGAGGAUAUUGCAGUUGGUGUCGAAUUCCCCUGAAGAGGCGGAGCUACGGUUUCAAGACAUCAAAACCGCCGCCGGGAUCGACCCGAAAUGCGAAGACGAGGUCGUGAAAAUGGAGAAUAAAAAGACACACGGCGAAGGAGUUUGGAAAGAGCUGAUUCUAAGACCUACUCCGGCGGUACGACGGGUUCUUUUAACCGCUCUAGGUAUUCAUUUCUUCCAACACGCGACCGGAAUUGAAGCUGUUCUGUUAUACGGUCCGAAGAUCUUUAAGAAAGCAGGGAUCACGACGAAAGACAAGCUUUUCUUGGUUACGAUCGGUGUCGGAAUCAUGAAGACGACGUUCAUUUUCACGGCGACUUUCUUGCUUGACAAGGUAGGUCGGAGGAAGCUUUUGUUGACCAGUGUUGGAGGUAUGGUCUGUGCGUUGACUAUGUUAGGAUUUGGGCUUACGAUGGCCCAAAAUUCUGGCGGGAAGCUGGCUUGGGCUUUAGUACUGAGCAUAGUUUCUGCUUAUGGUUUCGUUGCGGUGUUCUCUAUUGGGCUCGGACCAAUCACUUGGGUCUACAGCUCUGAGGUCUUCCCGUUGAAGCUUAGAGCGCAAGGAGCGAGUCUCGGUGUUGCGGUGAACAGAGUGAUGAACGCCACCGUGUCGAUGUCGUUUUUAUCGUUGACCAAGGCGAUAACGACGGGAGGAGCUUUCUUUAUGUUCGCCGGAGUCGCGGCAGUGGCGUGGAAUUUCUUCUAUUUCCUCUUGCCGGAGACGAAAGGAAAGUCGCUUGAAGAGAUUGAAGCGCUGUUUCAAAGAGACGGUGAUAAUAAAGUACGCGGUGAAAACGCAAAAGCUUAA